AUGUCUGCGAACGGCUACAACCCAUACAAUUAUCCCUACCAACAGAGCUCUGCUCAGCAGCGUUCCGCAUAUUCGACCGCACCCGCCUCGAACGUCGCCCAGGCAUCUCGCCAAUACCAGCCAUUGACGACCCAAGCCCAGAACUACAUACCCUACCAAUCACAGUCGUACGCGAACCAGAAUAGUGGAUAUGCGACCGCACAGGGCGCUUCAUGGAAUCACAGCCAUGAUGGAGCGCGCGAGACAACAAGUCAGGCUGCCGAGGUUCUGCACAACAUGAGCAACACCUUGUACGCGACCACCGGCACAGCCGCGACAAACCAAGCCGGCUUCACCGCGACCCACACCACGGCUUCGCAUUCCAACCGCUUUGGCACUGGCAGUUCUCGCUCCCCACAAGUGCUAGCGCAGCAAAACCAUUCUGCUUAUGGACAAUCACAGGCGCGCCCACACAGUGUCAACAACAAUCGCACGCAGCAAAUGAAUCGGGCAUUGCCAUCGCCGGGCAUUGCGCCUCCGCACACGAUGUACAACCAGCAGCAGCAGCGUACUGCCAGUCCGGCUCAACCUCAGUACAAUACUGCGCCAGUUAGCGACGGGAGAAGCGCGACAGCCAACACGGUGGCAAACCAGCAGUACGGCAAUUAUAGCGGGCAGCAGCUUCCUAGCGUCGGAGAUUUGCAGGGCACUCAGAGCGCCACGCCAUCGGGUGCCUACAAUUAUGCUACUGAGCAGUUGCCUCCGACCACAAUCGCGCCUCACACACCCAGCGUCAGUAUAGCGGAUACCUACCAUGCACAGGGCACUACUACUGUGGACCCAAUGGCAGUGUACGAUCCAUGGCCGGAGUAUCAGCGAAAACAGGCAGAAAAACUAGCAAAGGAGCACGCUGCACGUGCUGAAGAGGAACGGGUUGCAGAAGAGCAACGCAAAGCAGAAGAACAGAAGAAAGAGGAGGAGCGCAAACGGCAAGAAGAGGAGAACAGUUUACGACAGCCAAAGUCCACGGUAGACAAAGUUCAAGAUCAACAGCAACCCACGGUAGCCUCUGCAGCCUCUGCAGCUCCAGCCAGCUCCGCUGUUCCUGGCGAAGCACUGGAGAGUGAGAUACGUGCGAUGAUGGCGAAAAUGCGUGAACUUAACAGCAAGGACCCGGCUCUUUUGGCACGCAUCUGGGAAGAAGAGCGCAAAACAAAAGCCUCAAAACCAAACACGGCGCAAAACAAGACUGCGCCUCAAGCUACCACAGUCCAGCCAGCACAACCUGCUCGCGCGAGCACACCGCAAUCUACGAAUUCGCAACAGCACACUGGCUCCAGAGAAGCGACGAAUGCAAAUACAUCCAAGCCGGCAGAUCCUGCUGUCGCGCAGGCUGUGCCAGUCAGACAAGCCCCGACGACUGCCACUCGACCGACGGGCAACACGGUUUGGCCACAUGAGCGGAAAGUUCAUGUAGCGAACGCGGCCGCCUCUUAUCUCAACAGCCAGAAUUCGUUUCUUAAAAUCAGGCCGGGCCGCGUACUAGACUUGCUCAACGGCAACCCUUCCUAUAUUCAGCUGUGUGAACAGCUUGAGCAGAUGAACUUCAAGCUAGAUCGUGCAGCCUUUGCCAGGAGCUUGCUCGCAGCCGUGCCUGAUGUAAACUCAAAGGCACGUACAUCUGGGCCUCCGCCCACGCCAGCUCCUGUACAGAAGCCACAAGUUCCACCUGCUGUAAUGAAGAAGGAAGUCUCAACUCCUGCUGCAUCUAGCCCACAACAUACACCUGUCUCGGGCCCACCAACAAAUGGAACGCCUCACUCAGCACUCCUAGAUAGUGCCACACCUGCAGACCAUCCAGCACCAGCACCAGUCGCUGAGAUGGUGCCUAUCAAACCUGAAUUAAGGAAGCCUGCAAACAAAGAAGAGGCCGCUCGAAAGCGUAACUUGAGCGACUUGGUCGACUUGACGCAGCUCUCUGAAGAUGAGGACAUGGGCCCGCCACCCAAGAGACUGAACACAAACUCUGCGCAUACGUCUGGGCCGCCGCACCUCAAUUCUGAAGAUGCAAUGGAGGGGGAGAAGAAACCGCCGACGCCGAACUUUCCUAUGGCUGAUAUAUCUUCUCAUCCACCACAAUCAUCUAUCCAUCCGCCAGCUCAGCCGCCUAGGGAGCUUGGACUGUCGAGGUAUGUUGAGCCACUGGAUCGGAAAAAGGCACUGCGCCGCAAUAAUUACAAUCCUGCAACGAUUGCGCGCGAUGUUCUCCUCGCCUGUGGACGGCACCCGUCGCAGCGUAACCUCAAUCAACACUUGGAUGUGCUCAGAACAACUUUACCUCUAAUCACAUUUGAUGCCGACCUCAGCACAAUCCGCUGGGACCGAAUUGAUCCAGGAAAGCCUCCCCAAGGCUACUUCAAGGACAGGGUCGAGGAUCUUACUCAAGACGCAGACGAUGAGGACGAGUCCGAAGAUGAAGAGGCGAGGCCGCGUCCCCGAUCUCCGUCAAAGGCGAUUGGCGGCGAAGGUGGGGCUCAUGUAACGGCCCAAGCUUUACCUGAAGCUAUCAACCCAUUCAAACAGAAGCGACGCGUAGGCUAUUCAGCAUUUCGCUCUGCUACCCAGUACGGUCCUGACGGCCAAUCACUUCCUAAAAAGAAAGGCCGUCCUGUCGGGUGGAGAAAGGCCAUCCAUGGAUCUGCUGCUAUACAGGCUCGACCGGCUUUUAAAGAAUACACUGGGCCUUUGAACAAGCAUCAGCCGACGCAAUCAAGCACUUUGCGCAAUGUGGACACAGGCCAGACCGAUGCGGCCAUUCGCAUUGGUUCUCGGUCACCCAGUGCCGCGAAUCGCGCUCCUCAGUACCAGUCCUACAAGUGCAAAUGGCUGAAUUGCAAAGCGGAUCUGCAUAACUUGGAUACACUCAAGAAACAUGUAUUCAAAGUGCAUCGUAAAGAAUCGCCGGAAAACACUCUGGACUGUCUAUGGGGUGACUGCGGCAAAGAAGUUACCAGCCAUGAUCCCUUGACAGACAUCAGCCUGGAGCGUUACCAGCCACAUUCUUUCGACCUGGAGAACAACUGGCGCAGCCAUAUACAGCAGACACACUUGGAUCCGCUGUCAUGGGAGCUUGGCGAUGGGCCCGCCAGUGGUCUCUCUGACUCACAUGAUUCUGAAGCUUACCUGAGCGAUGCGCAGGGCCGCCAAGUCACUCCACGUAUCACAGUCGAUCCCAAGCGUGUCGAGGCACUCACGUCCUCACCACCUGUGUUGGCAUCAGCCUCUCGGGGUCGCGGACGACCUCCGAAACGUACAGCAGAAGAAGAAGCUCGAGAUGCGCACGAAAGACUCGUGGCACUAAAGAAGCGCAUUGGUGGGCCAGGCAUGGAUCGCGGGGGCGCCACACUUGUAAACGACAAACGACGCAGAGGCCUUAUUGAGGGCGAUGAGACCGAGGAGGAGAUUGUCAACAUGGAAGACUAA